CACCAAACCCCUCCAAAAGAGAUCCCUUCACACUACUGCUGCCCGAACGACCGGUUGUCCGCCCAGGAUCUCCACCGCAAUGGGCGUUGCUUCGCCGCGCUAAGCUGACGUUUGGGUUCCCACACCGCCAAUCACCGCCCGCCCAGCGCUGCCUCUAGCCGCUCACGAAAUCCUGCCAUCUGCCCACGUCGUGUACCACGCCGCAACCACCAAAAUGGACUCCAAGGACGCCGAACGCAGGCGUCGAAGAAAGGAGCAUGACUCCGACCUGGACAGUACAAAAUCAAGGGAUCCCGAGAGACACAAAUCCUCGAGAUCUCACCGCAGCGACCGCCCCGAGCGCACCAAGUCCUCGAGAUCCAAGGAGCGGCACCGCGACUCGAGCGACGUCGGCAGCACUCGUUCCCGACGCUCCCACUCCCACUCCAACAAAGUAUCCAUAGUCCCAGAAAUGGAUCGCCGUUCGUCUCUGGCCUCGUCCGGCAUUUCUCCGUAUCCAUCCUUCUCCAAGGCGCACAGCAAGGAGUCCCUCGGCCCCAAGGACGACGUCAAUCCUAGACAGUACGCAUACACUCCAGAGCCUACCGAUCUGGGAUCCAAGGAUGGCCAUUCCAAGGACGGCAGGAGCUCGCCAAUGCCCAAGCCAAGGCCUUCGACCAGGACUGCUGCAGCGCCUCCAAGCCCGCCUUUGACAGCCGAAGACCCAGAUCUCAAGAGAAGCAGCAGCAAAACCAGCAUGAGGAGGUCGGGAAGUAGCCACAAGUCUGACAGGGGGAAGGAAAGCGGCAGACGGAGCGCGGAUGGCGAGUCACGCAAAGCGGCCGGACCAAAGUCUGCGUCCUCCAAGUCGAGUUUGCGGCAGAGUACCGCAGUCGACGACGGCUCGGAAAUGGCUGGGAGCUCCAAGGCUUCAAAGCCGAGCACACUUCGCGAGCAUGCGCUCAAAUCCGCUUCGUCAGACUUGGGCAUUCCAGAGACAAGAUCGCAGAACAACUCCACCGUUACACAAUCUUCUGCCACGGAUUCAGACGCAACGUCCAUUGCUCCAAACCAGCCGAAGGUCUCCCAACCUCCAAUAUCUACGUCCAACCAUGACUCUUCGCCUGCUACAAUUGUCGAUUCUUCUCCGCGGACACCCACGCACCCCGCCUUCCACCCCACUGUCUACAACGUCGAGCCCGGUCGCAAGGAAACUCCGGUUAUAGAGGUACUUGGAGGAGGAUUUGGCUCACGUAUGCCAUCUGUGGACCCUUUCGCUGGUGGAUUUGGCGCACCUCCGCCUCCACCGCCACCCCCGGUCAUGGUACCUACCGACGCCCCUAGGGUAGACUACCUUCUGCAAAACGGCGGCCUUAACCACACCGUACCUAAAAUCCUUGUUGCAGCGGUCGACCCAACAGGUGGCGUUCAACAGCAGCAGCAACAGCAACAGCAGGGCGCUCCAAUGGUGCGCGCGCCACCGACAGACUCCGUUAGAGUCGUCUUUGCACCGUUUCAAAAGCUGCUGGAAGACUACACCGACGUUGUCGCGAAGAACGGCUCCAUAGCGGUCGCCACUGGAUACCGCUCUGUGGCGAGGCGAUUGCUUGACAGACUCGAAGCCGUUUUCGCUCGCAAUAUCUCUUCCGAGGCAUGUAACUGCAUCAUGUGCCGGGUAAAGAGGGAACGAGAAGACAUUGGCGAGGAGGAUACCGGUGUUAGCUGGGGCGAAAUCCUGGAAUUUGUUUCUGGUCGACGGGAGCUUCCUGCCUGGCCCCCGUUCUCUAUCGACAACGACUCCGGCCUUGGCAUUUCUAGCGGAGGCCAGGAGGCUCCCAUGCAAAAGCUGGACAUAGAUGUGCCUGAAGAGUACAAGGACCAUUACAUCAAACAAAGCAAAAAGACUAAGCUAGCAGUCCAGAAUUGGUUGGCGAGCCAACCGGAAAUCCCUUCUAGUCCUCCCCAGGAGGUAGACGAUGAGACGCUGACGUUCGCGAUGCUCACCCAUUUGGAGCAGGAAAAGAGACCGCUUUUCACCGCUCUGCUCCGAGGAAUGUCCACGCUUCCAGCAUCUCGCGCCCCUACACCUCUCAACGUGCCACGUUCUGAGCUGUUGGCUAAGACCGCAAUGGCGCUACAAAGACUGUACCGUUUGGAGAAACCCCCUAGGGACCCUGAAUGCGCUAUGUUCCUUCUUAAUCACCCGGCGCUCCAUGGAGUCCUUGCCACGAUGGCAGCAGUAAGCAACGGCGAAUGGGAAAUCCUUGUCUCGGGUCGGUUUGAUGGUUUCCUUUGGAGCGGUGCAGAGGGACAAUACGCGCCACCGACUCCAUCCAUAUCCCGUGCGGCUUCUAGAGGGCCUUCGGCGGCACCUAUUUCCCGCACGACGACGCCAUUCAGCGCUGCCGGAGUUCCGUCUCGUGGAACAACUCCAUUCAGUCCCGGAAGGCCUUCUUCCGUCGCAUCUUUUGGCGCGCCUGUCCAAAUGGACGAGGAAGUAGAAAUCGCCACACUGGCUGAAGUCGAGCGGGAGAUCUACCUAGGCAUGGAAGCGCUGGAAGAUGCAUUUGAGGCGCUACACUGCAAGGCUGAGUCUGUGCGCAGAGCUCUUCGGGAGCGCAGCGCCGGGCUGGCUAUGGCAGCACAAGCGCGUCGUGGCUCGAAUGCUGAAGAGGUGGAAGUCCGACUUGGGACACCGGCCUCUGGCGUCGGAAGCUGGAAUGGGUUCAGCUGGGAGGCCGAGACGGACGACGGUCUAGAUGGCAGAUCGGAGCUGGCCCCUGACGACUCGGCCAGCAACAUCAGCUACAACAGAAAGCGGAGAAAGGCGGCACGCAAGGAGCGAGCCACGCCGGCGCUGGUCGAGGAGGACGAAAGCGUCUAUGAGGAACCGCCGCGGAGGAGAUGACGCCCACACGAAAACCCAUAUGCUUACGAAAGCAGACGACGACAAUGAUGAUGGUUCUUUGUUGAUUUUUAUCUUGGUUCAUUUAUUUGCGUGCUCACGGCUAGCGGUUUUUUCCCUCCACGAGUUCUUGUUUGAUGAGAAAAUGCGUAGUCUGCCUCUCUAUUCCCCCCGCCAUGGCGCGUUGUUUUUCUUCGUUUGGAAAU